AUGUCUGAUGAUGAUGGUGAGGGCUCUUUUUAUUGCGAAGAGUCGUUAGACCAGAUUAAUAAACCCGAGUCGAAAGAAAAGGAAUUACUGAAAUCAUGGCUUGCUACCAGUCCGUACAUUUUAUUCGCCACAAAAUGCCUCCAUACAGUUUUUGCAAGUGAAAAACAUCUCUUCAACAAGCGUGAACUCAACUGUCUUUACUUUUUUUUACACGAGCUCAGCGAUCAUGGUCGGUACUUGUUUAUGCGAAUUUAUCUUCGCAGGCCUGGAUGGAUCAAGACUGAUGAUUAUCUUCGGUAUGCCACUACAUGCGAUAUAAGUAAAGCCCUCGAAGAGCUUUCUCGCGGGUACCAUUUUAUAGCUACGGACCCAAACUUUAACCCAGAGUAUUUAAAUCAAUGUUCCAACGAAGAUGAUGAUAUUCAUGAAAAGCUACAAGAAAAAAUAUCUCAUAUUAUGACGGGAGGAGGAGGAGGAGAAAAUUCAUUCAUCUUUCGGCAUAAUGUGGAUUCUGCACCCAUCAAACGCAGCUUGGGGCUCUUAACACUCAAAACACUCCGUCAAAUAUGCAAAGACUUAAAAAUCUCUACAACCUCGCGACAACCUUUACGAGCUGCUAUCACGAAAAGUAAUGAUAAACGACGGGAAAUCAGUCGCAAUGAUCUCAUUACGGAAAUCUCCAAAACUAUUACCCAACCCAGCUUGUCGUUGUUUUUCCAGACAAAUAGCAACAUCCAGGAUUCAUCACCCAAAGAAAAACGGUCUCAAGGGUUCCGCAAAGUCCUGGCCCAUACCAAGGCUAAUCUCGGUGAUGAGCCUAUUCAUAUCAACCCUGUGGUUUCUGCCAUUUUCCACCGUGCGUUUCUUGCAUAUUUUCGAGCACGCAACUUUGAUGAGGAAUAUGAGCGUAGCGCACUUCUUUCUGCGUUCCGGCUACGCAAUUUCCCCGAGUAUAAAAUAGUCCGUACUCCAAUGUUUUUCCCAGACCGUAAGGUUUUCCUUGAAUAUGAGCGAGCAAGUGAUAUUCUGUAUGAGGCCGAGGAGAUCCAAACUCUUCGUGCGGAUCAAGGCAAAGAAACAAGAGCUCACAAACUUUAUUUUGGACAAAUACAUGACGAAAUAAUGCCAUCACUUUUUGCCGCAUCUUUCUGUGACCCCCAGGAGGUUCGGAGCUUGGCCCAAAACGAUAGCCGGUCGUUGUAUUAUACUCCGGAAUGGAUCGGUGUUGGUGCUGCAAUAAAAGUCAUUCAGUUCAUUAAAGACCCAGAAGCAGAAUGGACUUUUUACAAAGCAUACCUUGGGCAAAAACUAUACCAUUCACGGCGGCGUGGUAAUACUUAUGACCGCAUGGCUAAAGUUGAAAUGAAUGAUUUAACUCAAAAUUCAUCUUUUGCGCUUAGUAUUAUGGAUGACACACAAUCCUCAGGAUUGGAGCAGAUUGCUAAACAGCUGAGAAAUAUUACAGAAAAACUAAAGUCGGCUGAUCCACAAACAGCAAGAGGCUUGGAAAAGUCUUUGGAAGAAAAAACUAAACAGUUUUGGUACACAAAAGCCAUGGAAACUUGUGUGACUGGACUACAAGAUUCAGCGAUUCAUGAGGUGGCCCACAUUGCAUUGAAGCGACGAAUAGCUAGACUUGAAUCGCUAUUAAAAGUGCCAGUUAAAGACCGGCUAGACUUUUCAUACGAUACAUUAAUGCAACCCACAAUGCGCAUUAUUAGCUGGCCCCGUGCAUCCGAGGACAUUGUAGCUACAACCAUAAGGAUAGUUAACCAGCUUAAGCGUGAUAGCCAGAAUCCUUUGAAACAAACUCAACUAGGAAGCAAAGAAACUUUGGCAUUAAUUCCUCUUCGCAAUGAUCGUCGUGAAACAGGGCUUAGACCUCUUUGGCAGGACCUCGAGAACCCGGAAAUGUCGCUCACUGUUGAAGGAGCUGCUUUACAAUACUACGAGACCACGUUUGGAUACCGCGGGUUUCACUCUGAAAAUGCUAUUUUGGCAACCCUUUUUGCACUGUUGUUUUGGGACAUUUUGUUUAGCGAUCCAUACAACUCAGAAGAAAAAGAAGAAGAAGAAGAGAAAGAGAAAGCGAAAGAAGAGAUUGAUUCUGACGAAUCAUCUCAGAGUUUAUCGAGCAAUAAUAAAAAAAAGUCAGUGUUUCAGCACCAUUGUCAGUCAAUGCCUCUAGAUCUGUUUAGCUCGUCAUUCUAUGCAAAUAGAAAGGUUGCAAUUGAUACAAGGUUGCAGCAAAUCUUGGGCAAAACUGAUUCUGGCAACUCGGCAACAUUUCUUCUUGAUCAGAUUAAAUUAGUAUACGACAGAGAAAGUCUCCGGAAAACUGUUUGUAUAGGUCUUGCAUGGUAUGAACUCGAGGAUCUUUUAACUAUUGCAGAGGGGCUGGGACCAUUGGCGAUGUUUAACAUAUGCUUGACACUUGCCAAAAACUAUAGAACACUUUCUGCUGGAAUGCCUGAUUUGAUUUUAUGGAAUCCAGAAACCAAAGAAGUCAAGUUUUCCGAAGUAAAAUCAGAACACGACCAUUUAAGCGAACGGCAAAUGUACUGGAUAGACGUGUUGAAGCGUGCUGGAGUAGAGGUUGAGCUUUGUAAAGUGUACGACCCAAAGACUUAUGAAAUUAAAAAGAUGCGGAGCGAAAGAAUUUAUAUGCCAUUUCAAAUAUUCAAGCAACGGAUCUUUACGCCAAUUGACAAGCAGUCUAUAUUUGCACAGCGUACCAAUUGGCUCGAAUUUGGUUUGGCCCAGUUUUUGCGGUGGAGUAUGGAAAGCAUAAAACCCAACACUGCUGGAUUUGUGUUUUAUUCAAAAGAAGUUUGGAUUUGGCUUUACAGGUUCCGCCGUUGGCGUUGUGGUGCUUCCUAUAUCGGUGAUACGGUUUUUGAGCCUUUUGAAGACGGCAUGGCUAAAGGAGUUUGGAUCAGAUCUCCUCAACGUGGAAAAGAGUACGAUGUGGUUAUUUAUUAUGUUCAUGGUGGAGGGCACGUUUUUGCAAGUCCAUAUAUGUAUUUGGAGUUUUUUGUUAAAUUGAUUUACUCGUUGCAAUUUCAGGGAUUUCGUAAUCCUGCUGUGUUUGCCCUUGAAUAUGGUCAUAUUCCUAUGACAAGCUACGCUGGCCAGUUGUCCCAGGUGUCUCUUGGCUGGAAUCUUUUAAAAAAAAAGCAUGCUCAAGCAAAUAUAGUACUUAUGGGCGACUCUAAUGGAGCGAGUUUGGCACUAGGACUUUUGUUGCAUAUUACACGACCUGCGUAUCAUGUUACAGGUGUUGUUCCUGUGCAGCCCGAUGCAGCAAUUUUCAUUUCACCCGUGUGCAAGUCAUUUAGUGAAAAUGAGCGGACCAUUGAAACUAUUAAACGUUCGCCCGACUUUAUGUUGCCACAUUUUUACAAGUCAUAUGGGAAACUGAUGAGUGUAUCAACAAUGAGUAAUUUGCCUCAAGGAAUUUUACACGUUUAUGAAAACCCAGGAAUGUGCCGGUCUAUGGAGUGGUGGAAAAAAGCAGUUCCAUCGGGUGGGAUUUUGAUUAUGCAUGGUGAGGAAGAGUUGUUGAGCCCGGAGAUUGAAGAGCUUUACAGUCUUCUCAACCAGGUUGGCAACUGCCGUAUAGCGGCUUCCUCAGGCCAACUACACUCUUGGCCUAUGUUUCAAAUGAUUGCAGGCCGUACGAUUGAGGACCGAGAGCAAGGAAUUGAAGACAUUUCGCUUGCUAUUGGACACAUGGUUCUUUGGAAGGACAUGGCACUUGUAGAGCGGGAAGAGAAGUUUGAGCAAUUUGUUCUUAAAAAGCUUCGCGCUGCUAACAUUGUAUAA